CCUGAACUUUCGCAACAACCUCAGCAGAGCACUUCGCGGUAUAGUCUGGAGCACCGUCUGGGUAACACUCUAGCAGCCAAAUAUUAUAUCAAUAUCAACAAUAGCGACCGAAAUCGGAAAACCCAACGCCAGCAGGCAAGCACCAAACUCCCUUGCCAAGACUUUUUACCCCUUAUCACUCCCUCGAUCAUUGUUUACAUUCCCCAUUAUCUCACCUCACCACUACACUAUAUCCUCGACAACACCAGUCAGAUACUUGACCAUGGCACCACCACCACAACAACCAGCACCUGGGUCCCAAUCCCAACCAAAACCAGCCAAAACCCUGACCUUCGCCACCCCCCUCCCCCAAUCCGCCCGCUCCGACAUCCUCGAAUGGUCCCUCCCCAAGCCCUUCUCACACUACAUCCUAACCGGCAAAUCGCGCGCGGCCUGGCACACCUCCUUUGUGAUCCCGCAACUCAACCUCCUGCUGGACGCCGGCUUGGUCAUCAACAAAUCUCGGCCCAAACACCUCUUCAUCACGCACGGACACAAUGACCACGCGCUUUCCUCUCCCGUGUUCAUCAAGCGCGAGGAUCCGCCUGAUUUUCAUUGCCCGGUGGGGAUGAAACAGGUGCUGGAAGACUACCUGCGGGCGAAUACGAUGCUAAACUUGGGGGGUUUGAUAGCGCCGAGGCCCGGGAAGGAAGUGCCGCUUGAGAUACGGGAUCCGGAAACGGGGGAGGUGGUGCGUAGUGAAAUCAGGCCGACGCACGUGACGUACGGUCUGGAGGCGGGGGAUGUGGUACCGUUGAGACGGACGAAGAAUAUCAGCGCUGUGGCUUUUGCCUGCGAUCAUACCGUCCCUUGUCUUGGAUAUUUGUUCCAGCAGACGACGCAUAAGCUGAAGCCCGAGUUCGCAAAACUGCCGCCCAAGGAGCUCAAAGCGAUCAGGGCCAGUGGACAAGAACUGACAGCUCCGGUGACGAGUCCCAUCUUUGCGUUUUUGGGGGAUACCACCACCAAGACGCUGGAAGAGGAGCCGAUGAGGGGGUGGUUAAACGAUAAACUGCCGGUGGUGAUUACUGAGUGCAGUUUUCUGUUUGAGGAGCAUAGAGCCCAGGCGGAAAAGACCAAGCAUACGAUUUGGGCGGACCUGGAGAAGGUCGUGAGGAAGUACCCCGAGACGACGUUUGUGGUGAUGCAUUUUAGUCUAAGGUAUAGUGUGGGACAGGUCAGGAGGUUUUUCAAGGAGAGGGCUGAGGGGUUGGACAAUGUGGUAGUUUGGGUUGAUGGGGAGGGGGAGGAUGGGGAUGAUGUAGGCGGGGAGGGGGAGAUGGGUGAUGAGGAUUGA